AUCAAAAGGAUUUUAUCCAAAGAGAAAAAAAAGAUUGAUUUGGUCGAUUCACAGGAUUUGAUUAGCCUUGAUUCAUGGAAUUGAUUGGCAAAAUUUGUGUUGGCGCAUUGCAUCAAUCAAUGUGGAGGGGUCCGAUCAGGUUGCUUUUCUUAUUCCUUGCCGCGACGCCGCCUCUUUCCUCCUCUGAGCUGCGGCGUCCGAGGCAACUGUAUGUUCCCCGAUCAUUUUCGGAUGCGAUGAAAUUGCAACAAAUCUCCUCGAUCAAAUCUUUUAGGACGCGUUAUCAAUCGCAAUCCAUAUCACUAUCCCUAACCCGAAUCUGGCCGGAGUGAGGGGGAACAGCUGCGCCAUCCCACUGGUCGCCGCCGCCGCCGGAGUGCCAGCGCCCUCGCACUCCUCCUCCGUCGGGGCGUCCUCGUCGCAGCCGUUGGUCUCCCUUUCUCACCAACGCCGUACUUGCGGGUCUCUCGCUUCCGCCGCGCCGGCCGUGGCACGGACGCACCGACGACUCCUCCAGGUGGGCGCGGCAGCCAGGACGGACUCCACCGGCGUGCCUAUCGGAUUCUACACGCCUCUUUUCGAGCAGCAAAGAUGGCGGACUCGAGCAAGCAGGUCGGUAUGGACACCGAUGGUGGUGGUGCGGCGGCCGCGGCUGUGGAUGGACAGAAUCUGCCGGUUCUUGUGACUAACCGUAAGCGGGAGCUCACACUGGAGGGGAAGGCUCUACCUGUGGAUUGUUCUGGUCGUCGUCGCAUCGAUUUGGAGAAAGAUUUAUCUAUGAUUGGAAGUCCGUUCACAAAACACACGAGUGACAAGAAUGGGGACAACAACGAGAUGAGGGAUGUGGAUGAGCGGUGCACUAUGGAUGUUGAUAACACCGAGAUGAGGGACGUGGUGCAUGAGCGGGACGCUAGGGAUGUCGAGCUAGGUGAUAUGGCUGCUGCCAAGGAGCUUGAGCAAGGUCACAUGGCUUCUGUGAAGGAGGAGUCGGAGCUCAUUAAGGUGGUUGAGGUUCUUCACAUGGCUCGCUGCCGGGAGAUCACUGAGUACAACCUCAAGCUGGGUCGCUAUGUUCCUACCCGAUUUUGCUUUCGGAACAUAGCCUUAUUUGACCUUGAUAAAGAGUCAAAACUUGGGCGUGGGCCACCGGUCAAAUCGCUCAAUUGCUCGGAAUAUACAUGGAUGGUGCACUCUAUGAAUAUCUCAUCUAUCAAGGUGACCGAGUCUGAUGUGGGUUACCCUAUCAGCGUAUUUGGCACUGUGUUGGCUAGGGAUGAGUAUGACUUCAGGUGUGUCUAUUUGUUCAGGCGUGACAGGGAUGAUCCCCAGCUCAUCACUUCACCGGAGGAUACACUAACACUGACAGGACCUAAUCGUGCACUUGGUGCAUUAGAUAGAGUGUAUUUUGAGUUCCAUCUGAAGGUUAGGGUGGAUGGUGAUGUUGACAAAGUUUUUUGCAAAGGUGUGCGUGAACACCAUGCUGAUGCUUGUCUAAUUCGACCCGUGACUUUAUGGCUACGAAGCUGUCUGAGUACUGUCAUUUUGGUGUAUUCGCCUGUUGAAUCAGCCAUAGAAGCUUGUGUUGCAGUCAACAUUCAAGGGGUUGUAUCCAAUUUCAAUGGCAAAGUAACUGCUUGGACAACUGAAGACCAUGAAAACAAAAUCGUUCUGUAUGAGAGUAAAGUGGCAGGCACUAAGACAGUACUUGGGGUUGAUGGAUCUGUCGAGUUAACUCGUCGUUUUGUAGCUGUUGAACUGGAAGAUAUACUUGUGCUCAACAUAUGUGUUUUUGAGGGUGAAGACGAGGCUGAAUUUGAGCUCUAUCUAGGACAAAAUGAUGAAGAAUGCACUCUCGAGCAAGGCCCUUAUAAGCUACAGGUGAAGAUUAGUUGGACGGCUGCCAUGAAGAAGCGAUGGAGGGAAAGGUCCAUGAAACUUGGUCGCAAGUUCGUGUUGGUGCGAUAACACGAUGUCAAUGUAAGCUGUUCCAUCUCAAGAAGUGCUGCCUUGGUAUAACAAUAAAAAAUGUACAACUGAUCUUGUACAUGCUCUUGUACAUGUACUAUUUAGUUUGCCUUGGUAUAACGAUGUACUGGUAGUCUGCAAGACUUAGGUACUACCCAAUGAACGACAAUGAACAUUGAUGGGUCUAGGAUUGGUGUGGUUCUUCAUCAUAAAAUCUAUUAAUGUUAAUUAGCAGGUUGCACGCUCGUUUUCGUGGCUAAA